AUGGCUGGUCCCUCGAAUAUGCAGCCAGCCGCUGCCACGGGAUCGGUCACCCCUGGGAUUCCUAAGAAGUCAGAGAAAACGAAACAGAAACAGAUUCCAGGGCUGGAAACGGGGUACUAUGCCUCACAGAGGUCGUUCACUUCCGAGUUCGUUCCCCUCGAGCGCCCCUUUGGCGGAGAAGUCCCAGCCACUAUCCCCCUAUCAGAGGUGAUCUGGAGGGACUACGAAAAUGGAACCCACGCUGUCCUGAAUCCCAUCCGCAUUGACAUGCAAAGCGGCGAGCCAGGCCACAACAUCAAUUAUGAAUUCCUUAACAAGAUGAUUGUCAACGCCCCCAGGGCCCUGCCCGACGCAUUCACCAACGCCUUCCAAGUAUUGGCAAUCGCCCGCAUCCGCUAUUAUGCAACGCACGAGUCAUACAGGAAAACCAAGACGGCUCUGAUAGAGUCGGUUGCAACUAGCCAGCUACUCCACAACAAACAUAUGGAUAUCGACGCCAACCCAGGCCAUUAUGGGCCUAAUGCUGCAGAGAACACCAACUCAACACUGAAGAAGUGUAUCGCCGAAUGCAAUGAGCUAGAAAGGCAGUUUGAAAAGAGCUCGGCUUCUCUGAAAUUUCACGCUGCUGCAUUCGUCAAGGCAAAGAACGACGCAGGACCCUUUAUGGCCAAGCUUAAGGAAGCAUACAGGAAAAUGCAGGAAGACUACCUUAAGGCGAAGGAAGCCAAAAGACUCCAACUGGAGAAAGCCGAGAACGAGAAACGCCAGAAAGCUAAGGCUGAAAAGGAGAAAUUGGCCAAACAGAAACUUACAAGGGACAAGGUCGUGAAAGCAAGACGUCAAAGGGCUGAUGCAGCUGCUAAAGCACACAUGGAGCUUAAUGCCCGAUCCUGGGCCGAGUAUUUGGCAACGAGGAAGCGCCUAAAAGAAGAAGCCAAUGCCGCUAACUAA